AGUUCUCAAUUCCAAAGAAAAAGGUCCCACCAAUCAAAACUAAAAUCUCUAUCUGAUUAUUUUCCCCAUAUCGUUAUCAAUUUUAAACGUUCAUUGUAUCUUUAAUUUUUAUUGUAUCGUCGACUUGAUGUUUGGCUAGGCGACAGAAAAGUGACGUUUAAAUGACUCACAAUAAGAACAUUGAGUCCGUAAUGGAUCUGCAUACCAAGCAGAGACAAUUUUCUGGGCAGCUAUACAAGUACACAAACGUAGUGAAGGGCUGGCAACAUAGAUUCUUCUUGGUGGAUGCAAAUGCAGGGCUUUUACAUUAUUAUUUGUGUGAGGGGGAUAAGCCCGAAGGAACUGUACCUCGAGCCUCUCUACAUCUUGCUGGCGCUGUUAUUUGUCCAAGUGAGGAGGAUUCUCGGACUUUCACAGUCAAUUGCGCUUCAGGAGACAUGCUGAAAUUAAGGGCUGUAGAUGCAAAAGCUAGACAGGAAUGGGUAAAUGGCUUAAGGGCUGUGGCUGAGUCUCAUACUAAGGCAAUAUCAGCCCACAGCCCCCCGUUACCCCCAAAAGAGCAUCUCGCAGUCCUAGACGCCCUGGGCAGUGUCCGCUCCCAACUCACCCAAACCGAACAGGCGGACAGCGCCCUCUGUCGAUCAAUCGAGUCAGCCGGAAGUAAAUUUUUCGUAGAUCCGAAUCUGCUGCUGUUGAAGGCCACCUCGGCGGCGAGCCUUCACUGUUUGACGCAAUGCUUGAACAUCUUACAGAGGAACCAACACGCCCAACAGAGCAGGACUGGGAAGAAUAAGUUGAUGAAGUUAUCCCAUAUAUCUCUAGUGCGAAAAUUAAGUGGAAAGAAAUGGAAUACGCUGUGAAACGGUUGAAUUUCAAAUAUUAGUUUUUAGCUCAUUUACUAAGACUUUAUUUUUUUAUUGUUGUAUAUAUAGUUUAAUUUUUUUGUAUAUGUAUAGUUCAAAAUUGUGGCUAUUAAUGUAAUAUAUUUAAUAAUUGGUCUAUAA